CGCUUGCUGUGAACCUACCCCAGCUGAAAAAUGUCUCACAACAAUACCUGCAGGACGAAGGAUACGAAUCCGGUCUUAAAUAAUAAAGGUACAGAUGGUUCCAGUUUGACACUCACUGCUGUGGCCCUUCAAGACCAUUGGUCACGGGCACUGUCCCUGGGUCCAAACUUUGGACCACGCAAAGUAGGUCUUGGACCGGCUGCCCGGGCAAGACAUAAACCUCAGGCCAAGUCUGUCAUUGAUACAGGAUUGAAUAGAGGAAAAAGAAAGCAAGCGAAGGAGGAAGGGCAAGAGAAAGAGUAUGUUCUUGAUGAAAAGUUGCCUCCUCUCACAUUAGCUCAAAAGUUUGGUCUGGUUCAUGCUCCAAAACCUCUGUUAUCGGAGCAAGAGUGGAACCAUGUCAAGGCCAAGUCAAAUCAACGAGAUGAUUCUGGGGAACCUUGCGUCAUCUGCAAGGAAGACUUUGGCCUUCAAGAACAAGUUCUUCUCUCCUGUACGCACGUCUUCCAUAGGGCUUGCCUUCAAGCCUUUGAGAGAUUUACGGGAAAAAAGACAUGUCCUAUGUGUCGUCACGAGCAGUAUCAAACCCGGGUCAUACACGAAGGAGCUCGGAUGCACAAACACAAGAGUGCUACUAGAAUCCAGUCUCAAUGGAGAGGAUAUGUUGUGAGAUGCUGGUACAAACAGUUACGUGCAACUGUGCCACCCAAAGACCCGAUGCUCAGAAAAAAGUUUUAUGAAGAAAAGCUUUCCAGCAUUGUUGACCGCAUGAUCAAGUCACUGGAUAUGAACAUGGCACAGUUCUUACAGGAGAUUGACAGUAGUGUCCAACAGAGCAGGGCAGUGUUCAGUCAGUGGGACGCGACACACCAUGUGAUUGACACACCCGAAUGGGAGCAGAUACAGCUGAAGGCUGUACAAAGAGGAGAAACUAACUGUCCUAUCUGUUUGACUGAGCUUUACUUGACACAGAGUCAGCCAAAUGAGUACACUGAGAACCCCUCAAAAGACCUAAAUUCAAAGCCGCACUCAGUGGGUCACCACGCGACAAGAAGGAAACACGAAGACAGGAAGUUGUUGGAAAAAUUGAAUCAUGAUGUUAUCGGGAGCCCUCAGACACAAACAGGAGCUGCUGGGAGUACAGAUACAAUAAACAAGACAAGCUCAGUAUCUCAAGUGAAAAGCAAGAAUGAGAAAAUGAAGAAGGUAUUUUCUACAGAAGUUCCAGAGCUAAAUGAGAGCAAGAGCAGUGAAAGUGGAUGCCCUCAGAAGAAGAAAAUCCGAAGCACAGCGUUACUGUCAUGCACACAUGUGUUUCACGCUACAUGUUUGCAGACUCUAGAAGACAUUGCUAUGCUGGAAAUGAGGAACACUUGCCCUGUGUGUAGAGCUCAUUAUCAGAAGAAAAUUAUUGUCUACUGAUACAGUAGCUUAUUAUUUCGACUGCUCAGUAGAAGACUUGGCCAUACACCAUUUGGAAAAGUGACAUAUGACUGAGUUUACACUGAUCAGUCAAUUUUAUGUUUUACACUCUCUUCAACAAUGUGAGAUCGUUUGACCCUAUCCAUAGGUUGUGUUUUACUAUCGUAUCCAUAUGACGUGGGGAACUCUGUGCCACCACUUUCC